CCCAAACGCCGUGCACUCCCGUAAUUUCCCGUAUUGAGACCCGACAGGGCCGGAUCAAAAUAGCAAUGCGCAAUCCUGCUGGUCAGUCCUCCGCUCUCUCUCCACGCUCCACGUCUCUCGAAACCGUCUCCAUUUUCUCUCUCUCGCUCUCUCUCCGCUGGCCGGGUCUGAGCACCCUCAAUCGCAAUUGACUGUUUCGUAAGAACGACCGAAGACGUAUCGAGCGUGUAAAACACACUGACGAGAACUAACCAGGACGUAUUGUCGUCACGAGCUACCGUACGAUACUACUGUACCAAGCCAAAGAGUAAGAAAAUCAAGCUUCCCGAGACAUUCUCUGCUAAAAACACUGCGAAACACGCAACAAUGGCCGUAGAAGUCGCUGUGAUGCGGACACCGCACGAUUCCGUCAGUCCCGUCAUGUACCAGCCGCAGAACGUCUGGCAACCGCAGCCGCUAUCGCCCACCAUGGACCAGGGACAAUUCAUCCACUCUCCCGUCGGUUCCGUCGCCUCGCCGCACAGCCACGGUUCGCCGCUCUCGCACGCUGCGAAUUCCCCCGUCGGAGUGUGCUCCCCAACGGCCGUUCACUCGCCGCACGUCCAGGCGCACUCUCCCAUCAUGCAGGCUGGGUCUCCGCUACACUGCCAGCAGCCGCUGAGCGUCAACGUCAACAUAAAACAGGAGCUGGGCGGAGCGCCGACCGCCGACUUCGGGAACUGCAACAAUCUCACGCACCUUCUCCGCGGAGGGCAGCCCGACUUCUCCGGACAGUUCAUCAACGGACUAAACUGCCAUCUGGUGCCGCCUUCCCAAAGAGAGAUCCUGGAUGUAUCUCCAUACAUGGAUGAUCCCUGUCAGGACAUGCUACCGCAGUCCUCCCUUCAUCUCAAACACGAGGAGCUGUCUCCACCUCCUUACUCCAACGUCUACCCCAGUCCCCCGGUCUCGGAGUACGACCUUUCACCCCACCACUCUCCGGUUGCCCACCCAGUCAUGGUCCAGCCUCAAAUGCUCUGCACUGAGCCCACACAGGAAGCGAUGAUUCCCCAGCCCCAACAGCAGCAGUUCCCAGAGUUCCCGACCCCAGUCAACACCCCGGUCUCCAACGCCGGGUACGGCGGGAUCAACACCAUCCCUCUGGAGCACUACCCCACUCCGCUGUCUCCCGUGUACGAGAACAGCCUCCGGAUGCAAAACUCCCACGUUGGGCAGUACUACACCAAGCCGUCUACUCUCCCCAUCGAAGUCAUGACAAGCUGCUCGCCAAUUGACUCCUACAAGUACGACGGGAGUCCGAUCCACAUGACGAUGUCAUCGCAACCGACUUUCAUCAUCCCUCACAUGAGACAGCAGCCGCCGCAGCUCAUCAGCGCACAGGCCAUCAUGUCAAAGACCGAGGAACAGAGAAAGCCGUUUGUGUGCCUCUACCCGGGGUGCACCAAGCGCUACCUGAAGCUGUCUCACCUGCAGAUGCACAUCCGGAAGCACACGGGAGAGAAGCCGUACGUCUGCGACCACGAGGGUUGCGGGAAGAGGUUCUCGAGAUCGGACCAGCUUCGCCGACACAGCAGGAAGCACACCGGAGUUCGCCCCUUCCAGUGUGACGUGUGCGAGAGGAAGUUCUCCCGCUCUGACCACCUCAAGACGCACAUGCGCACGCACACCGGAGAGAAGCCCCAUUCGUGCACCUGGCCGAACUGCCCCAAGCGUUUCGCAAGAUCGGACGAGCUCGGUCGCCACCUCGCCAUGCACCGAAGACACCUGGAAAAGAACCGAUUCUGAGUAGGUCGCCGGCCGAAACGGCCCCCUGCGCGUCCACCGCUAUGUGCUACCACCUUACCCCCACCCCCUCUGUCUCCCUCUCUCUGUGUGUGUGUGUGUGUGGUAGCACGGGAAUGGCAGCAGCACCAUCAUCAAGCCCGAGAUAUACAUCCAUACAGCACUGGUAUCGGUACAACUACAACGUAAUACUUCUGUCGAUAGCUCCUACGAUUAACGUCCUAAGAUAGACUUAUCUCUAAGUAAUCAGUACGUAACCUUACUCUAGUGUAUCUUGUAAGCUUACUUGUAAAACGUAAUGUAAUUUACUUCUAGUAUGUAAUAGACCUACCUACUAAAUAAUGUUAUGUAUCUUAUUUUUACCCGUAUGUAGUCUUAAAUAAUUAUUGUAAUCUACUUUACUUUCAUAGUUUGUAACUGUAGUCAUUAUACUUAUUGGUAAACUUACAUUUACUACCAGUUUUAUACAGUAUGAUAACACUAUGUACAUUUGUAAUUGUGUUGGUUUCUUUUAUGUAAUCAUUAUUAUGCUCAUACCAUUUUUGAACAAAAAUUGUUGAAACAAAAGG